AUGUCCGGGCUGGCAGAUGAUGGAACCAGCAAUAUUAUCCUUCGUUGUAUGAACACUGCUGGCCUGCUACACGAUUUCGUCGUGCCUUCUCCCGACCAACCAGCAACAGAACUCCUACUUCUCAAGAACAAGGUACACUUUCAUGCUGCUGCCUGGCGGCGUAAAGGCGAAGGGGUGAAUGACGUUUUGUGUCAGUUUCGAAUGAUCGCUGGAGAAGACGCACUCUUGUUCGAAAGUCGCGCCAAAGACUGCGAAUACACAAGCACUAUACAAGCAGCGCCGCACCUGUGCGGUCAGCGAGUCCGGACUAUCAACAGCAGUCGUAAGGUAUCAAGUGUCAUCAAACUACAGCUGGGAAGCACGAUUCGCUUUCCCAAGCUACGCUUCCAGUUCAUAGUCAUGGCGGUGAAGCAUGUCAAGUCCUGCGCAUCGGAGCAGAAGGCAACUUCGUCUUCCGAGGCGGCUAUGGACGGAGCAAAUGACGAUGAUGACACGAUUGUCGUAGCAAGCAAGCAGGCUGGGGUCGAACCAAGCUCACAGCCAGAUCAAGAGGAGAUCCCUGCGACUGUGGCGCGAGCUGGAGACGUCGAUACUGACGCUGAGACUGAAGCUGAGGAUGGAGACGAUAUCGAAGAGGACGAUGAGACUGAGCCUGAAGUCGACGACAGUGUGUUCUCUACUAAUGGCGCCGACACAUCGUUCAAGACCCCUGCUACCGCAAUUACGACGGUUGACACACUCCAGAAGUCUCCGAAAGUCGACUUAGAGCUUGGUAAUGAUCAUUAUACCUCCCAGGAUGAUGAUGACCUGGAUCUCAAAACGGACAUGGUCCCUAGCAGUGCACGUCACCCAGAUCCGCACAGCCCUCUCACGAAGAAGUCUCAAAGCCAAAGUCAACGCAGACUUGACAAUCCUGGAUCUCAUGCUGCCAAAGUCACCGUUGUGUCGGAUGAGCUCGGGGAGGACAUGUUCCCAUCGGACCCUAUCCAGCUGAAGCCCAAGAACACUUACGGUGGCAAAUCACGUGCUUCUACGCCACGAAAGGCGCAUCCGGUUCUUGCCAAGCUGCCCGGCACUAUCGGCGACGAAUCUAAUGUCUUCAACGGCUCAACCGCCUUCGACGCGAAGGAAGCGAGUGAGGACGACGAAGAACAGGACCGGAUCUUGAGGGAAGGCUUUGAAGCUGUCGACGCCAUCCAAUCAGCAUUCCCUACGACGUCUGACAGAGACGAGCACACGACUGCCGCUGAAACUGCAGCACGCACUAUAGGACAUCGAAAGCGCAAGGCCGCCGCUACUGAAGACCUUGCAGAGGACGAGGCAGUUGUGACGCCACCUACCAAGAAGCCCAAAGGUGUCCCAAAAGCUGCAUUGUACGAUGAGAUUGAACUACUUCCACAAAGACGAUCCUUACAUAACAAGCCUGCUAGCUCUUCACCACGCCCGCAGCAGUCAACCGAGCGUGUUUUAUCCCAAGACUCUGCCGAGAACAUCACAGUCGCACACUCUACUGCAAAGUCCAAGUCAGCGAAGACUGGUAAAGCGUUACAGAAGUCGAGAUCCAAGAGGCCAUUGACAGCUCAGGUCAUCAUACCCAGCUCAGCCCGAGCAACUCCAGCCUCUGAUGCCGGCAUUGCAACUGCACUUGAGGGAAAGAUACCAAAAGUGCUGAUUACGCAGAGUAAGCUGAAGGAAGACGAGGAUCUGACCAAGUGGCUGAAGAAGCAUGGCGCAGAAGUAAUCGAUGUCGUUCCGAGCAAACGCACAAAUUUCGUUUGCGUCGUUCCCGAUGGCGUAUUGCCAAGAACAGCAAAAACGCUGCGCUCCAUGGCCCUUGGGAAGCGUAUUGUCACUGAGGACUGGCUCACGGACUCCAAGCAGCAAGGUCAACUUCUUGACCCUCCGGACUACAUUCACUCCUCUCUCGAGGAUGACCAGGGCAUAGAUCGCGGUAAGGUCUUUGCUGGCUUCACGAUAUUCUUCACCACACAACUCACUCGCGAGUACGGCAAAGGCUGGAAGGACGUCCAAGCCCUUGUUCAGGAAGCAGGGGCUUCGCUCGUCGAGAAGGGGUCAGCUACCAAAGGCGAAGAGCGCUCGAAAAGCGUCAAGGCUAUUGUGUUCAUUGGGAGCGAGGAGAACGAUCCGGAUGUCACGAGGCUGAUUGAUGGGUUUGGGUUUGUGGUGUAUCAUAAGGAUUUGAUUACGGAGAGUGUGCUCGCUGGGGAUGUGGAUUUAGAAGAUACUGAGUUUGUGCUUAUUGCUUCGAAGAAGGUGGUAAUGAGGAGGAAGAAGACGACGAGGUCGUGA